UUUUGUCCUUCCUGGAUCUUUUUAAACUGCAUUGCUUGGAUCCCUCGUCUGACCGCGCAGACUAAUCAUUCUUACAGUCUCUCGGCUGAAGUGUCGCGCUUAUGUUCAUUAUGAAUGCUCUGAAAAAGGAUAAGCGUGAUGAAGAGGAUGGGUUCGGAAAUUCUUAUCUUCAGCCUGACAGAACUAUGGUACUCCAAGAGGCACGCACCUUUAAUGAAUCUCCAUUGAAUCCGAGAAAGUGUGUCCACACACUUACGAAAAUUUUGGUCGUCGUCGGACAGGGAGAAAAGCUAGGAAAAAUUGAGGCCACUGAUACGUUUUUUGCUAUCACGAAGCUGUUCCAGUCAAGUGACCAAAACCUGCGGCGAAUGGUUUAUCUAGUCAUCAAAGAGCUAUCCCCAUUGGCGGAAGACGUCAUUAUCGUAACUAGCAGCUUAACAAAAGACAUGACGGGACCAGAUCCCGCAUUUCGAGGGCCUGCUAUCCGGGCGCUUUGCGCUAUCACAGAUGUCACUGUGAUCCAAAGCAUCGAGCGCUAUCUGAAGCAAGCGGUUGUCGAUAAGUCCGCAUCAAUUUCAUCAGCUGUGCUCACGUCGGCGUACCAGUUAAUGCGUGUCUGCCCUGACAUAAUCAAGCGUUGGGUAAACGAGGUGCAGGAGGCGGCCACUAGUUCACGAGUGAUGGUUCAAUAUCACGCUCUUGGUCUUCUCUACUUGAUACGACGUGGGGACCGUCUCGCUGUCAUUAAGAUGAUUCAAAAGUUUUCCCGUUCUGCCCUCCGUUCUCCAUACGCGCACUGCAUCAUGAUCAGAAUAGUUGCAAAGCAGCUGGAUGAGGAAGGCAUGGAGAACAACGUCACCCUGUUCGAAUUCUUGGAAUCUUCCCUUCGUCAUAAAUCGGAGAUGGUAAUCUACGAGGCCGCGAGAGCUAUCAUCAACUUGAGAGGAGCGACUAGCAGAGAAUUGGCCUCAGCUGUUAGCGUGCUGCAGCUUCUUUGCUCAUCGCCGAAACCUGCGUUGCGGUAUGCCGCAGUUCGAACCCUAAACACGGUGGCCACGAACUGCCCGACGGCAGUCACCGCUUGUAACCUUGAUCUCGAGCAAUUAAUUGGUGAUCCAAACAGAAGCAUCGCCACUUUGGCUAUCACUACAUUGCUCAAAACUGGGAGCGAAAGUAAUGUCGAACGUUUGCUCAAGCAUGUUUGCCCGUUUAUGACGGAAAUCACCGACGAAUUCAAGAUUGUCGUGCUUGAAUCCAUUCGCGCGUUGGCAACGAAGUAUCCGAAAAAGUUUGGCGUACUGCUGAAUUUCCUCUCUGGUCUACUUCGCGACUCUGCUGGUUACGUCUUCAAGAAGGCUGUUGUGUCUGUCAUCGAAUCGAUCGUGAAGAACAUUCCAGAAGCAAAAAACUUGGGUCUGUUACAACUCUGCGAAUUUAUCGAGGAUUGCGAACACGUGAAGUUGACCCAGCGCAUUCUGCACCUAAUUGGACGGGAAGGUCCUUUUCUCAAGAGACCGCGGCAGUUCAUUCGAUACAUCUACAACCGCGUCAUGCUGGAGUCUGCCCCGGUCAAAUGCACCGCGACUACCGCCUUGGCUAGAUUUGCUGCCCAAAACUCCGAAAUGUUACCCAGCAUCUUGGUACUAUUGCAAAGAAUAAUGCUUGAUGAAGACGAUGAAGUCCGGGACCGCGCGGCCUUCUAUCACCACAUACUGUCAUCCAAGGAUACUGCGCUGAGAUCAACCUACUUGCUCGCCGAAGAAAUGCAUCUCAGCCCAUCCGGCCUUGAACGUGCUCUGUCGGAUUACCUUCAUGAUUCCCAUGCACCAGCGGCCGGUCGUUUUUCUUUGUCUACUGUCCCGGUGGCUGCUCCUCCAUCGGUUCCCGACGCUCCUCUCCUCGGGGAUGGGACUCUUCUUGAAGCCAAGAUACCAGAACGUUCUUUGGUCACUGACUCGAAAGCCGCAAUUAGCGCUAGCAACCAGGUUCCAAAGAAGUUCGCUGAACAGCUGGGUGCAAUUCCACAGUUGACUGGGCUUGGGCCUUUAUUCAAGUCUUCCGAACCUGUUGAACUGAGUGAAGAGGAUACGGAAUAUGCUGUCACUUGUAUCAAGCACACCUUCCAGAAACAUAUGGUGCUCCAGUACGAAUGCACGAAUACCAUGUCCACCCAACGCUUGGAAAAUGUUUCCAUUGAGGUCGAACCGGACAACGAUGGUUUCGUUGUCCUCUCUACGAUCCCUUGCCCGAGUUUGCAGUACAACACUCCGGAUAACAUCUACGUUCUCGUUCAGCUGCCAGAGGACCUCGAAUCCCAUUCCACCAUCUUCACCAACAAUCUUAAAUUCGUUGUUAAGGAUGUGGAUUCAGACGCCACAGAUGCCGGUCUCGCUGAUGAAUAUCAGUUGGAGGAUUUGCACAUCGGAAUCAGCGACCACGUCCAACGGUUGCUGAAGGGUAACUUCACUCUGGCUUGGCAAGCGAUGAGUGAGGAGUCUGAAGUGGAAGAGACGUACGUCUUGAGCAAACACAAGACCAUUAAAGAUGCCAUAUCCCAACUGGUCGAACACUUGGGAUUACAACCUUGCGAACGGUCUGAUCAAAUGCCUCAGGAGCAACGGUCCUCUCACCAAUUGUUGCUAUCCGGUGUGUUUCGUGGAGGAGACGAGGUUCUCGCCCGUUGUAAACUGGCCCGCAUUGUUCCCGACGCUGUAACCAAUCAAGCACUGAGCUCCCAAGGUGGUGUUAACCUACAGAUUGUGGUUCGCUCUUCCAAUCAAGCAAUCAGUCAGAUUAUUGCGGAUGCAGUUGGACAAUGAUACAAGCUCUGCCCCAACACCCACGUGUUUUGUUUUCGCUAAACAACUAUGCUCUUGCUCCUGUGAUCAAUUCCCCUAAUGCGCUUGUUCUUGUGCUUUGUUUACCCAUCUUACUUCACGUAUUUCUCAAGUGAAUAGAAAACUGGUGUUUGUA